CCUUACUCGAACUCAGUCCUACCACUCCUGCCAUUCAUUCAUUCAUUCACUCACCAGCUGGUGGACUCUGUGCUUAAAGGGACCAAAGUGUGACAAUUCGACAGCCUGUCCAACCUCAUCUUCAGCCCAACCGCUUAUCGUCGCUUCACUUGGUCACCUGUCCACCACUCACAAGCGCUACUCCGUGACACCUCCAUGCUCUGCUGAUUGCCACUGACUGGCUCAGGGCUUGUGCUCUGAGCCUUUUAUGAGAAACACGCCUUUCUACCACGUCGAGUCCGCACGCAUUGCUGAACCCUUCUCCCUGUGGUCACAGAAACAUAAAGCCUCAAGAUGGAGUCGGGCGCCGAGGGAGAGGAUGGGCCGCAAAAGAUGAAAAGAGUCGGACCCCAUACACUUCUGGCUAAGCAUUUACAAGGGAAGAAGCCGGAAUGGGAUGCUAUUUCCUCCCAGAAGCAACCUCUUCGCCUCCUCGACCUGCCCGUCGAUAUACUUCAAGCCAUUCUCAAGGAACUCACACAUACAAAUGAUCUCACAUCGCUCGCUCUCACGCACUCGGCCCUCCAUGCACUCGUCAUACCGCACAUCUACUCGAGGUUUGAUAUUGUCUGGCCUGAUGCGAACGCUACUUUUGAGAAUCGUAUGGGAGUUGAUGCCCUGACAUAUGGCCUGGCGACCCUGGUCAUGGCUCAAGAUGUCUUUGGAGAGGCUCCAUACCAGCAACAAUCCCCCCACCAGUGUCAGCAAUGUGGUCAUCAAAACCAGCCUGUGCCCCUAAGGUCCGGCAGCCCUCGCAAAAUUCGACGUGGGAACUAUUUCGCUCAGUACACAAGGAAAUUCAGCCUAGGAAAUGGGCCUGCCGAUUGGGUCCAAGAAUAUCUGAUCACGAAGGAAGGCGGGAAAAUGCUGGGUACCCUGGUUGCGCUUGCAGUCGGUAGAAUGCGAAACUUGGAAGGCUUCAUUUGGGAUAUGCCAACAGGUGUCCUGCGGGAUGUCUGGCUCGCCUUGGCUUCUCUGGGUAACCGUGACGAUGGUCAAGAAUGCCGUCUGGACCGAGUGUGGGUUCGAUGGCACGACAAUCAAGAUCAAGGGCCUCUGGCUUCACCUCCACCACCAGGCACCGGUCCAGGCGUCCAACCCUCCAAUCUACCAUCCCUCCUUGCGGGUACUGCCAACUCGCUUUUUCAGAUUCCUCCAUAUCCGAGAGUCGAAUUCCCAACAUUCUCAAUCCUGCCACCCCUCAAGAGUCUCAGCGUGCUUGACAUUGACGAGUUGCCAUACGCUGAGGAGAUGAGCGUGCUUAUUGAAAGAUCUCUCGGUAAGUUGCAAGAAUUGCGUGUAGGCAUGGCUUCACAUGCCCAGUUCGAUAUCUGGGCUCGACCAGCCGAAGACAGAGCUUCCGUCCUGCCUCCGGUCGUGUCUUCCCCUGGUGACCAAACUCCGCGACCUGGGGGCAUUCUGGGAAUCCUGGUACAUCGAUUUUGCGAUCCAUUUCUGCAGCAAAGACGGAGGCAGUCCGCUUCAGCUCCCGACACGCAGGUGGUUGCGGUCGAAGAGGCCGUUGAAGAAGAUCAAGGCUUGGAAAAUGAUAAAGAAGACCGUGAGGACCCAAUCGACCGCUCGGAUAUGAACCAGCUGGGAGUCCUCUUGUCGGCCCAUAACAUCCAGGAUGAAGAUCCAGAUAUGGCUCCAACCUCUGCAACAAAGCGUUCUGCUUCACUCGGACAGCUGCAUAUUCCAAAAUACAGUCACUUUCACAGUGCCCGUGAUUCAUUUCAAGAUUUGAGUCAAGAGGAGCACUCAUUCCGCAAGCUACAACUGGAGAUAUUGGAGAUUGAACGGGUGUAUCUUUCUAUUACAGUUCUUACCAAGGGAAUCGACUGGUCAAGGUUGACGACACUCACACUCCUGGGUUGCCGAAAUCACGAGCACUUAUGGAAAACGCUUCGAAAGCACUUCACACCUUCUAAUCGGAGGAGAGUGUCAUCAGCAGCUUUCAGAAUAUCCUCAAACUCGAUUGCGAAGGCAGCGACGAAUACUGCGCCAGCUGUUGAUCCAGCACCGUCAGAUUAUCCAUUGAAAUUGAAACGACUGCACACCGAUACCGUGUCUCCCUCACUGAUCGCUUUCAUCAAAGACACUCUUGCACCAGACUGUCUCGAAUGGCUUUUCCUGCAGGAAAACACAACGUACAAGUCUCAAGUUUCGAUAGACAUGAUCUAUAAAGGCGCAAUUCGACGGCACCGUCAGAGCUUGACCAAGCUACUCAUCGACAGUACACUCCGAUCCGAAGACCCUGAUGCUCCGGAUACGAACUGGAGGCGUUGGGUUUUCAACCGCGAACUCAUCUCUUGCAUCACAAGUGGUAAGAUGAAGCUUCGAGAACUCAGCAUGUCGAUUGACUACAAGGACUGGCACCACUUCCUCAGACGGUUGCCGAACGCGACCACCUUGCGCUCAUUGCAUAUCCCACAUAUCGCCGAGCACGUCAACGGAACAGUCCAUUCUCGUGAGGCGGCCUUGCAAGUACUCGAUAUCGUUGCCUUGAGGCCAGAACUCGAGCUGUGUUAUUUGGGCAUACAGAACCAAUGUUUCGAGAUUCUCGAGUAUGCAAAUGCUCGGAAAGGCCCCAGCUUGGCAGGCAACUUUGGAUCAGGCAGUGGCGGUCAGUCAGGCGAAGAUGUUGACACGGAUCAGGAUCUGGGUCCUGGUGGAGGGCAUAUGCAUUCAGGCCAUCAGACCCAUCACCACGCUCAUCAUGACUCACAUGACGAUGAUGAGGGAGACUGGGAUGAUACAAGUGAUUUUGAGGCUGUGUCAGAUAGCGACGAGAACAUGUCCGAUGAAGAAAGUCAACAAGGGUCGAGUUCGAACAUGCCGAAACCGACAUGGCGACUGAGAGAGAUAUUGUUUUACGACGAUAAGAUUUCGAUUUUCAAGGCCAGGCACGGAAGAUUAUGAUACACUAAACUCGGGGACACUUUGGAGGCGCAAACCGUUCAGAACCCGCGGGACCAGUGAAACCGGGGAGCUUGCAGGUGUAACACUACCGAGUAUUCGGAUGAAUGAUAGCUGAUCGGGCAACUUGUCUCGCAUGUCUGAAUGAUUGGAUGGCCGCCGAAGGCAGGCUCAGAGCUCAGCUGCCCUUUAUCGGGGACGAAUUUCUUUGAUGCUCGGUGGCGAUCCAUGGACACGGGAGAGCCGGACGGCAGAUCAGACUCUCGAAGGCAUGGAGCUAUAUAGUAAUAGGAGUUACUGUUUUUUUGGAAGGCGGAACCAUGAGCAGUGCUCAAAUGAUGGGAAACGAUUACGGCUUGUGGGAAGGGACUGUCACGUUGGUGUUAUACCGUCCUCUUUAUGCAUGGUGCUUUUCUGGUCCUGGACCUGCUGCCGCAUCCCGUUCGUAUGAUGACAUGGUAUGUCGAGUGAAGGUGGACAAUACAAUACACUGGGCGCAGUUCAACGACGGUCGAAUUCAAUCUAAGCACGUUAGUAGUGGUAUAUCAAAGCGAAUUUGUGAGCCUCAUCGAAUCAGGAAGGAAUG